AAGCAUGUUAGCGAGGCUCCAGUGCUGUAGUUGUAAGUGUGGAAUUUUGGUAUGUUCUUAUACAACAAGAAAGUCUAGUCUUGUUCUUCAACAACUCCCAUUUUACUCCAGCACAGCCGAAAUCAAGAACUACAUCAAAAUGCCUACAAUCGCUAGCUCCCUCAAGCGGUCGAGCAAGAAGAAGGUUGCCGCCAAGCGUCUACCAGUGCGUAAGCUCUCCGCCAAAUCCGCAAGCCUUCUGAGACGAUGGCAUUUUUUCCGACGAACGGGUAGAAAUCUCAGACGCCUACGCUUAGAAUUAGCUGCGCCAGCGUUUGCCGUGAUGGUCAGUGGGGAGAAGAAAGAGGAGUUCAGGGAGUUUAAGAGCCAUUGGACGAAGAGGCUGGAGAACGGAGCGGGAAAACUGCAAAAGUACUAAAAACUGUUAAGUAGACGUAGAGCAGAUUUAGACUCACCUUCACCUCCAUGUUUCAAACUUGUCUUGGUUUGCCCGUUCGUAUCGAUGCUCGUGCAACAAAUAAAGGAAAAUAUCUACCACCUGCUCAACCUCUUCAAAACUCCUAUCAGAUUCGACGUAGUGGAGUUCCGAAACGGCUACGGCGAUGACAAGCCGCUGAUCGUCAUAGCGAUCAACAGGAUCCGUCUAAAUGCUGGCACUGCGAUAUCGAGACUCUACUCGAAUGGCCUCAGCAUCGAAAUCCCAAAAACCCGCAAAACCUACGUCAUCGAGCUGGGUGCGGUGUUGUAUCGCAAGAACUGUGGGAAGUACGGAUACAACUAGUGGAACGAGGUGUAGUCGAGUUCUUGUGAAUGGAUUCUCUAGCCAACAACGGAACGAAAGGCAUGGAGAGAAGCAGCGGAAACUUUUGUAGUUGGUGCGGCUUAUCCUCCUGGGGCACCUCAGCCGCGACGAUGACGAGCAGCAGGAGAAGUGCUUCGGGAGAGACACUCACAAGACUCGACGAGCAAGUAGCCACAUACGCUCGACGUUCUCGGGUAAGGAAGGGAAUAGGAGUCCACUUCAACUUUUGACGAAAUGCUACCGUGUGCAGAAUCAAUUCGUUGUAAAUAGCUCCUCGACUGGUCGUGGGGUCCGAAUACUGUAAUAUGUUGUGAAUAUAACCUUACAUGAUAUAAACACUUGGUAACAUUAGCAUAUUAGUGAUAUGAAAAUGGAUACGUGAAGUAAAUAGAUGAUGAUCGCCAUUUUUAGUAGCAACGGGGUCGUUGUUGUUGUACUUGUAGCUUCGAUCUUCAUCCGCAUACGACACAGCACCAGGUGAAGUUACUUGUACAGUGGUAUGGGAUAUUCUUUCAUGUGUAUCAUUCAAACGAAAUCGAAUAACAUCAUUCGCAUUGUGGUUUAUGUACACUCACUUUUUGGUUGUAACUCUGACGCAGAUUUUCUUUUUCUUAGUUUUGUUCCGUCGUCAUUAUGGAAAGGUCAUGAAUCAUGUUGUACAACUCCUCCCGAAUUCCAUUUCCAACUCACCCGUUCUUGUUCAACAUCGUAAUUUGACAUUGUUC